AUGUCUUCUCUCGUAUUCUUAUCCGUGUAUCCUAUAUUGUUUGUUGUGGCGACUUCUACUACAACCAGCCGCACUGUCUCACCCUCAACGAUCACUUCUCCUUAUUCGGCUCCAUCCACAUUGCAUACGACGAUUACUUUAGUUUCCUCAAAUACCAAAUCAGUAACUAUUGUCCCAUCGCCAAAAAUUCUUAUUUCUGAUGGAAAUUCCUCUCUAGUGACUACGAAUUCUAAUAUAUCCUCUGUCAAUGUAUCUAAUAGUCAAAACAAUAAUUCUGCGUCAUAUUGCUCAUCUUGUCUAUCGCUACCGGUGGCAUUAAUAUUUGCUCUACUGUUUUCUCUUACUAUUCUUGUUGGAGUUUUGGGCAAUGCUUUUGUUGUCGCCGUCAUAGUAUCUGAUAAGAAGCUGCUCUUUUCUUCUGUUAACCAAUUUCUGUUGAAUUUGGCUCUUGCAGACAUAGGCAAUUUGAUUUUCUGUGCCCCUGAUAUGGCCAUGGUUCUGCUUGAUCAUGGAUGGAUACUACCGGAAAGCUCUUGUCAUUAUCUUCGAUUUUUACAAGAGUACUUCCUUUAUGCUAGCGUUCUGUUACAGAUGUCCAUCGGCAUUGAGAGAUUUCUAGCCAUUUGCACUCCUCUUCGAAUGCAACGAUUUUCAACGAAAACCACGCUAAUCGUUGUGCUUAGCAUGUGGUCAAUAGCUGCAGCUUUCGCCACACCCUAUUUCAUAUCUCAAGGAAUCAUCCGUGUUCCCAGAACAAAUCAAAAAUAUUGCAUAUGGAGAGGAAUUUCUGCAUCCACCAGAGUCCUAUUCAAAUGGGCCGAAUUUAUAGUUCUUUAUGCAGCUCCCCUCUUACUACUAACUGUUUUAUAUACGGUGAUGGGUCGAGUACUAUGGGGACAGUCAGAAACAAUAGCUAAUGAAACUCAACAGAUUGCCAUAUUGAAGUUACGUCGUUCUGUUGUCAAAAUGUUAAUUAUAUCGAUGCUGCUAUAUUUUCUGUUUUACACUCCCAUACAAGGUCUUUUCGUCAUGGAGACAGUGUUCAUGAGAACCGUCCAUAUGCCAUCUUGGCUUCGACUGCUUCUUAAUGCUCUUUCCGUUAUGAGCUCGUCAGCAAACCCAAUCGUAUACAUCAUGUGUUGUCGGCAUUUCCAUUCACGUUUUAUGGCAAUGACAAGGUGA